AUGGAAGAGCAGGCGGGGGCUAAAAGCCAGCGCGACUCGGCUCCGACUCCAGUCAGCGGGAGCAGCGGCAGCGGGAGCGAUGGCGAGAGCGUCCCGCAGCAUCGCACCACCAACUUUUUCAUCGACAACAUCCUGAGGCCGGACUUUGGCUGCAAGAAAGAGCACCUCUUGAUCCUGGCCGGCGGCCCUGCGGCCGGCGGCGGCGGCGGCGGCAGCGGCCGGGACAGAGACCUAGAUCGCGCGGCCAGCUCAGGUAGAGAAAAUGUCAGCCCACUGCUCGGCAGGCCCCUCCACCCGGCCUCCACUCUCCUUAGCGCCGACUCGCCCGAGAACCCCGACAGCUCCUCCACGGUCUCCAAAACGAGCCCCGCCGCGGCAGCAGCGGUAGGGACGGCCAAGCCCCCCUCCACUACCUCCUCCUCCACCUCCUCCACCUCUUCCACCUCCUCCUCCUCUUCCUCCUCCUCCUCCUCCUGCUCGGAAGGGAGUGGAACUAACCCGGCGAAGUACGGGGAGCACGCCAACCCGGCCAUCCUCCUCGUGGGCUCCGGGAAUGGAGGAGUGGGGGCCUCCGGCGAGGGUCAACAGCCGCUGGUUUGGCCGGCCUGGGUUUACUGCACUAGGUAUUCAGACAGACCGUCCUCGGGUCCCCGAACGAGGAAGCUGAAGAAGAAGAAGAACGAGAAGGAGGACAAGCGGCCGCGCACGGCCUUCACCGCCGAGCAGCUGCAGAGACUCAAGGCGGAGUUCCAGGCCAACCGCUACAUCACUGAGCAGCGGCGGCAGACGUUGGCUCAGGAGCUGAGCCUCAACGAGUCCCAGAUCAAAAUCUGGUUCCAGAACAAGCGGGCCAAGAUCAAGAAAGCCACCGGCAUCAAGAACGGCCUGGCCCUUCACCUCAUGGCCCAAGGACUGUACAAUCAUUCCACCACCACCGUGCAGGACAAAGAGGACAGCGAGUGA